AGAACAUUGAAUGGUGUGAGAAUGGACAACGGCAACGCUCGCAGCUAACCCCGUCUCUCCCUUUCUUCUCACUUCACCUGCUUCGCCUUCAAGUCUCAGCCACGCUACCAACACUCAGUCAGACAGUCAAUACCGCGCAAAAAUCUCGAGCAGAAUCUAUAGCAACUGUAGUUUUUCUUGUGGAAAUGCAGAGACUGGAUCACAGGGGAAUGUGAGAUAGAAAAAUGACAAAAAGAUUGGUUGAAGUGAUCUGGUUACCAGUUCUCUUACUCUUGUUGGUAGAGUAUGGUAGAGGUGUAAAAUCAACUUCCAACUACUUAAUUGGACUUGGAAGCUAUGAUAUCACUGGGCCAGCAGCAGAUGUCAACAUGAUGGGAUAUGCUAACAUGGAACAGACAGCAUCUGGCAUUCACUUUAGGUUACGAGCACGGACCUUCAUUGUUGCAGAACCAGAGGGAAACCGAGUCGUGUUUGUCAAUCUUGAUGCUUGUAUGGCAUCCCAACUGGUGACAAUGAAAGUCCUUGAGAGAUUAAAGGCAAGAUAUGGGGAUCUGUAUACAGAGAGUAAUGUAGCCAUUAGUGGCAUUCAUACCCAUGCUGGCCCCGGUGGUUAUCUUCAAUAUGUUGUGUACAUUGUCACAUCCCUUGGUUUUGUGCGACAAUCAUUUGAUGCCCUUGUUAAUGGCAUUGAACAGAGCAUCAUACAAGCUCAUGAUAAUCUUCGACCUGGAUCUAUAUACGUGAGUAAAGGGGAGCUUUUGGAUGCGGGUGUGAAUCGUAGUCCAAGUGCUUACCUCAACAACCCUGCCUCAGAGCGCAGGAAAUAUAAAUAUAAUGUUGAUAAAGAUAUGAACCUGCUGAAGUUUGUCGAUGAUGAAUGGGGCCCCAUAGGAAGCUUCAAUUGGUUUGCAACUCAUGGAACUUCCAUGAGCCGUACAAAUUCAUUGAUAAGUGGAGACAAUAAAGGAGCUGCAGCACGCUUUAUGGAGGACUGGUUUGAUCAGAGUGGUGGUGGAAACAAAUCAUCUGAAGCAAACGAUAGCAUUGAAAUACCCAGAAGGAUCUCUAGCAUUAUUCCUCUUGUUAAUCACAAUCAUCAUGAGUUACUGGAAGUUGCUGCAUCUUUUGAAUCUCCAGUGGGCAGAUCAACCACCAGGUUUUCAAGCCCUGCAAGACGCGUGAGAAGUGCCUUCAGGCAGGCUGAUAGACCUAGAUUUGUGUCUGCAUUUUGUCAAUCCAAUUGCGGCGAUGUUAGUCCAAACGUGCUUGGUGCCUUCUGUUUGGAUACAGAUACACCUUGUGAUUUUAACCACAGUACCUGUGAUGGACAGAAUGAGUUAUGCUAUAGCCGGGGACCAGGAUAUCCUGAUGAGUUCGAAAGCACUCGUAUUAUUGGGGAGAGACAAUUCAAGAAGGCGGUGAAACUUUUUAAUGAAGCAUCGGAGCAAUUGGUUGGGAAGAUUGACUAUCGCCACACGUUUAUUGAUUUUUCCAAACUUAGUGUGAGGAUUCCAAAAGAAAACGGGGGCUUUGAUGUUGUGAAAACAUGUCCUGCUGCUAUGGGGUUUGCAUUUGCUGCUGGUACUACUGAUGGACCCGGGGCUUUCGAUUUUCAGCAGGGGGAUACAGAAGGUAACGCAUUUUGGAGACUCAUCCGCAACUUACUGAAAACUCCUGGUCAGGAACAAGUCGACUGUCAACGUCCAAAGCCAAUUCUACUUGAUACUGGUGAAAUGGACAAACCUUAUGAUUGGGCGCCGGCAAUACUUCCUCUUCAAAUUCUGAGAAUUGGGCAGUUUGUCAUUCUCAGUGUGCCCGGAGAGUUCAGCACAAUGGCUGGAAGGCGCCUUCGGGAUGCAGUUAAGAGUGUUCUCACAAGUGGAGACGAUAAUACCUUCGGUGAGAAUAUCCAUGUAGUGAUAGCUGGCUUGACAAAUACAUACUCACAAUAUGUGACAACAAUCGAGGAGUACGAAAUACAACGAUAUGAGGGUGCCUCGACUCUAUACGGUCCACACACGCUCAGCGCCUACAUUCAGGAAUUCAAGAAACUUGCUGCAAAUCUCAUGACUGGACACCCAGUCGAACGGGGGCCACAGCCCCCAGACCUCCUAGACAAACAGAUAAGCUUUCUUACACCCGUCGUCAUGGAUGGAACACCACUCGGUGUCCAAUUCGGGGAUGUCUUGACCGAUGUCCCCAAGAACUGCACCUUUAAGCGAGGUGAUGAGGUGACAGUAGUUUUCUGGUCGGCAUGCCCGAGAAAUGACCUAAUGACUGAGGGCACAUUUGCACUGGUGGAAAUCCUCCGAGGCGACCUCUGGGUGCCUGCUUACGACGAUGAUGAUUUCUGCCUCCGGUUCAUAUGGUCCCGACCGGCUAGACUCAGCCCACAGAGCCAUGCAACGAUCGAGUGGAGGAUACCGGACACGGCCAGUCGUGGCGUGUACCGGAUAAGGCAUUUUGGUGCAGCAAAGCACUUGCUGGGAUCGGUGAAGCAUUUUACAGGUACUUCUAGUGCUUUUGUGGUGGCUUAAGUGCUCUAAGUGACUUUCUAGCUUUAUGUAUUUGAAUUAGAGAGAUAUGAUGAAUAAGGUAUGCAUGGGAUUUGGGAUU